GAAGUUUUAAAUUAGUCUUUCAUAACGCAAACGGCUUACAAGACAUACAGACAGAUACAACGUCACACCUGAAAAAAUGUCUGCGCAAGGAGCCGCCCACAAAGAAACACCCAAAGAGACGUUCUAUCGUCAGUUCCAGGGGACCGUAGCAAGUGAGUCUCCUAAUAUUUCCAAAACCGCUUGGCUUCAGGAAGUCUAACUGAUGGGACCUAAAGACCUCCAAGAGCAAAUCAACCACCUCGCCAACCUCUCUGCCGUUGCAGGCGAACGCCACGAUACCAUCGAGCAUAUCCUGACCGGCAUUUCACGGCUAUCCAACGAAGUCGCCGAUGCCGCCGACUAUGUCCCCGCCUACGACCAGCGCACCUACUCGCAAGCGCUCAAGCAGCUGACGGACCAGCUCAACGAGGCCCAAGCCCAGUUCAGGCCCAAGAGCAGGUUUCAGUUCAAGCGCCGCAAUCCGCCAUCCGGAGGAGACGCCAUGGCUGAUAGGAAGAACGAUGCUCGGUACAUGCUCCCUGCGGGAGGUCAAGAUAAGAGCUCUUCUCCCUCGGCGGUGACCGCCGUCGCCAAUGCCAACGGUUCUAAGUUAUCCUCGGAGGACCACAAGGACAGCCUCAGCAACCUGCCGUCCGUCCCCGCCAAGAACUACAACGAAGAAAUUGCAAAGGACUCGACGGAUUCGAGAGUCCGUAAGCCGAGCUUCUCAACCGCGCGGGACAUUACGCUUUCGGACCACGAAAAGCUGCACAUCAUCCUGCCGCUGUCGGCGUCCAGGGCAACUUCGGCUGGGGCGCUCACAAAUAUGAAGGGAUGUAUCGUGGACAUGUCGGUGCCGACGCGGGUGUGUGCCGGCGGCGCACCGUUUGCGAGCCUGGCGCUCAAAAACAUUUCGGGCAGCUUGAUCGUUGCGGGCCACGUGGAUGGGCCGGUGCACAUCACGGGCCUGCGUGACAGCAAGGUGCUGGUGGUGGCGAGACAGGUGCGGAUCCACGAGUGUGAGAACGUGGAUUUUUAUCUGUAUUGUGCCAGUAGGCCGAUUAUUGAGGAUUGCAAGGGGUUGAGGUUUGCACCCGCUCCCAAGUUUCAUUCGGCCGACAAGGACGAAAGUACCAACAUGUGGGAUCAGGUGGAUGACUUCAAGUGGUUGAAGGCGGAGCAUUCGCCAAACUGGAGCGUGCUGCCGGAAGAGCAACGCAUCACGGAGGAUGUUUGGAAGGAUAAGGUCCCUGGACAUCCUGGUGCAGGCCUUGAUGACAUCUUGAGCACAGUCGGCAUUGGUGCUGAGGCGUAGAAGCCUAGAAGAUCAUCAAGUCUGAAGACGAUCCGGAAGGUUUCUUGGGGCUGGCGCAACCUGAAGUAGCUCGAGGCUGGGUAGUGGUAUCUGUAUCUCCUGCGGUCGAACUCGAGUUGUAUCGUGUAGUGGUGUAGUGUAGAGUAUUGUGGUGUCGAGAAGCCUCAUGACGUUGCCGGCGUCGGUUGGGUUAGACAUUCCUUGUAGCGAUAGUCAUGGCGGUGUCCAAUGUAGGCAUCCUUACAACCCCCUCAAGAGAAGGCAUGGACACCGUCUCGCCAAUUUCUGUGUUCAUCCCAGCCGUCAAAAAGGUGAUAGAUGGAUGGUAAGGCCUAGACUUGGGUAGAAGGCAGAACGGUGAGUCGGAGCGUUUCACCCCCAAAAUCCUUCAGCCUUCCUUACCUACUCAACCAUCAUCCUCUCCCCUUCCUCAUCCCGUCUACUCUGCUCCAGCCUGGCAAACUGCAGUCCCUCGUCGCGUAUCUUUGCCAACAUGGCAACCUGCUUCCUCUUCCUCUCCUCCAGCUCCGCGAUCUCCUUCUCCUGCUGCGUAAUCGUCCUCCCAAUAUCCGGGAGCGUCAAAACCGCUUGUCGCGCCCGUUGGAGUUUAUGCUUGAGGUUAUCCGUUGCUUGGGGGAGGUCCUUGGCACUGAACGAUCCUGCUGUCGUUGCGUUUGGGUUGGAGGUAGUACUAGGGAUGGGGAGGGGGGUGGUGCCUGUUACUGCGCCGGGGGCGGGGGUGCUGAUGGGAGCGUUGUUGGAAGAGUUGGGUCCGCCGUGGGAGGGGUUGAUGGAGGUGGAGGAGGAUAAGGAGGGACCGAUGGCGCCCGUGGCGCCGGUGGCGGCGGCGGCGUCAGCGGAGCGGG